GUGGCGCUCACCGUCACUCUCGGAUGCACCGAAUUCCUCAUGACGGGCCCUACCCAUUCCAAGGUGGACGCUAGCAACAGCUUCAAGGGCUUCUUGCUGCUGGGCUGCUUCCUUGCCUUGGAUGGGCUCACUUCCACCUUCCAGGAAAAGCUGUUCAAGGAGCACAAAACGACAAAGUACAACCAGAUGCUCUACAUCAACCUUCUCUCGGCGACUGUGUCCUUCAUCACCUUGCUGGCGACAGGUCAGCUCGCUCCGGCGGUGGCAUUUGGCUUUGCUCAUCCACAGUUCUGGUUG